UCAAACAAACAAAUAUUGGCAACUUGUUUUUAUAUAUAUUGGUAUUUAGAUAGAAAUGUAGAAGAGAAUCAUUAUUAUUUGCAUAAGAAGUUGUGAGUUUGUUUGGUGUAAGAACAUACAUAAUUAUUCAUCAAUCUGAGUUUUAUUAGUUUGAGAAAUUAGAAGUGAUGGGAACUCAUGCACCUGAAUUUGAAGCAGAUUCUAAGGCUUAUAAAGAUCCUAAUUCUUUUAUAGAAGAGAAACUAAAGAAACAAAAGGAAAUAGACGAUUGGCUUCCAAUCACAUCGUCAAGGAACGCAAAAUGGUGGUACUCCGCCUUCCACAACGUGACGGCAAUGGUGGGAGCCGGCGUGCUGAGCCUCCCGUCAGCCAUGGCUUCACUAGGGUGGGGCCCUGGCGUGACGGUGCUGGUGAUUUCAUGGGUGGUCACACUCUACACUCUAUGGCAAAUGGUUGAGAUGCAUGAGAUGGUUCCGGGGAAGCGGUUUGAUAGGUACCAUGAACUGGGCCAGUAUGCGUUUGGUGACAAGCUUGGGCUUUAUAUUGUGGUGCCGCAGCAGCUUGUGGUUGAGGUCGGUGUCAAUAUUGUUUAUAUGGUUACUGGUGGCCAAUCUUUGAAGAAAUUUUAUGACACUGUCUGCCCUUCUUGCACUAGAAUCAAACAGACUUAUUUCAUUAUGAUAUUUGCUUCUGUUCAUUUUGUGCUCUCUCAUCUUCCCAAUUUCAAUUCCAUCUCCGGUGUCUCUCUUGCUGCUGCUGUCAUGUCAUUGAGUUACUCAACGAUAGCAUGGGCAGCAUCGGUGCACAAGGGAAUACAAGAAGACGUGCAAUAUGGAUACAAAGCACAUUCCACACCAGGCACCGUUUUCAAUUUCUUCACAGCCUUGGGGGACGUAGCUUUUGCAUACGCAGGCCACAACGUUGUGCUAGAGAUUCAAGCCACAAUCCCUUCUACUCCGGACAAGCCCUCCAAAGGCCCCAUGUGGAGAGGUGUCAUUGUUGCCUACAUUGUCGUCGCCCUUUGCUACUUCCCGGUUGCUAUUAUCGGCUACUGGAUGUUCGGUAACUCUGUCAAAGACAAUAUUCUUCUUUCUCUCGAGAAGCCUGCCUGGCUCAUUGCAACUGCUAACAUGUUCGUCGUCAUCCAUGUCAUUGGCAGUUACCAGAUCUAUGCAAUGCCGGUGUUUGACAUGAUUGAGACAGUGUUGGUCAAGAAAUUGCACUUCAAGCCUUCUUUUCUCCUUCGCUUUGUAUCCCGCAAUAUAUACGUUGGAUUGACAAUGUUCAUUGGCAUUACCUUCCCCUUCUUCGGUGGGCUGCUAGGGUUCUUUGGUGGCUUUGUCUUUGCCCCUACAACAUACUUUCUACCUUGCAUCAUGUGGCUCGCCAUUUACAAACCAAAGAAAUAUAGCUUGUCUUGGUGGAGUAAUUGGGUAUCUAUAGUCCUUGGAGUGCUUUUGAUGAUCCUAGCACCCAUUGGUGGGUUGAGAACAAUCAUAUUGCAAGCCAAGGAUUACAAGUUUUAUUCUUAAACAAUACCAAAACCACAUGACUCUGUGUGUUAUGUGUCCUUAAUCAAUAAUAAUUAUAUGCCAAUUUGCUCUUUAAUACCUAUAUUCGUACGUCCCAUUGUCCAAACUCACGUUAAUGCAUGUCUCUCUCUUCCAAUAUAAUAUUAAUGUUUAUAAACUUUAAUUUGGGAAUUGAUGCAAAAUGGGUUUUUUUUUUUUUUUUUUUUAAAAUUGUUUUUAAGAAUAAGGGGAAUUAGUUAAUUAGUAUUUCUCCUGGCAUUUAGGUUCGAACCUUGGGCUAAUUUCAAAUGUAGUUUUGUGAAUAAGGCAUUAAUUACCAUCUUCAAAGAUAGAUAGUCAUUUGAUUUUUCACGUUGCAAUUAUAGAACUGAGAAAAGCUUGAAAACCUGAGUGAGUCUUAGUCUCUAUGAAGUCACUCAAAAUACACCACUUUUGUUCUAUCAGUUUGGUUCCUUAUAAAUAAAUCAUCACUACAAUCAUUUUGACUUUAAAUAUAAGUUAACAUUUUAUAAACAAUGAUAGACGGUAAUUUUGGAAAAACACACUUCUUUUGUUUUGGAAAAACACGCUUAUUUUGUUGUAUAUUAUUAUUGUAUUAGCACACAUUCAACAUGCACUUUUAUGAUAUGAAUCAUAUGAAACAUUUAUAUAUGCAUAUCAGGAUUAAUUUAACAUUUUCUCUUAAAAAAAGGGACUAAUUUAACAUGUGUUAGUAUUAAAUUAGGUAAAUAAUUGGUUUAUCAACGGUUUAUUUAACAUGCAUUUUUAGUAUAUCAAAGUACACCGUUCACAAAUAUAAAUAUUAAUACUACAAGAAAACAAGUUUAUAGCAACAAUCUUUUUUUGCAGCAGUUCAAAAAGCGCAACAAGACUUUAACAAAUUGCAACAGUUUCUAGCAACAUUUAAAUAAAUCGUUGCAAUUGUUUGUAUUGUGACAAUUCUUUUUCCAAAGAUCUUAAAUAGUUUCAAUUUAUGUUCAAUUAUGGAAUUUAAUUUCCAAUUUUAUGUGGUAGUUUUUCAAAAAAAAGAAAAAAGAAAAAAGAAAAAAGAAAAAAGAAAAAAGAAAAAAGAAAAAAUUGUAUGUUUCAAUUGUUUUAGCAUUGACAUGUUUUCAUUUUUUUUUCCUUUUUUUGAAGAGUGCAUUUAGAUCUGUUGCAAAUAUAUUAGAAUGGAAGUUAAUUAUUGGUGUGGGUGGAUUCUGGAAUAAAUGGUAAAAUGGUCAACAAACAACAAACAAAGGAGAGAAGAACAAGCCCAAAUGAGAGAUAGGCCUGGUCGGCCUCAAUCAAGUUGUGGCCAAGCUCAUCAAUAAUGGCCCAGGAGUGAUGAGCCCAACAUAUGCUUAGCUAAAAAGGGAUGAAACCCUAAAAUUACUAGGUAAGAAUGUAGACCUAGUCGGUCUCGACCCAAAGGGAACCCAUGAAUAGUCGGUCCAGUAAAAAAUCCUAGUCAGAUAAGGAAUAGGAGAAGGGUCAAAACCUAUAAAUAAGGCAAAGAAGAACGUAAAUGGACAAGUAAGUUCUCCAACCAGUAUCAAAUACUAUCUUCUCCUUCUAACCUUCCAACUUAAACAUCAAAGUGGUUGUGGCUUACGCCACAUCGUUGUCUAGGUUUCUCUUUAUUUGUAGGCGAGUUCUCUUCAUCUAAAAUACAGAUUUACUGUUGUUACCCCAUGGAGAUCAAGUACACUAGCUUGGUCAAAAUUUGGUAACAAUAGUUGAUGCCGUCUAUGGAGCCACUACAAGAAUUCUGGACUUUAAUAUCGGUUUAAAACUGACAUUAAAAGACUUUAAAGUCGGUUGACAACCGACAUUGAAGAUCGUGUUAUAAAAGGUCUUUAAUGUUGGAUGUCUUUAAUGUCGGUUUUAA